AUGGAAUCUGUCAUGUGGUCUUGUGCUGGAGUAACAAUAGAACUAAAUCUUGCCAAUUGACUCUUUUCCCAGGAGAGUGCUGGAAAAAGUCUUUGAUGAAGUCAUACUGGUAAACGUCUUGGAUAGUGGGGAUUCAGCACACUUGGCAUUAAUGAAAAGACCUGAGCUGGGUGUCACACUAACAAAGCUUCACUGCUGGGAACUGACACAGUUUUCAAAAUGUGUUUUCAUGGAUGCAGACACAAUGGUUUUGUCAAAUAUUGAUGAGCUUUUUGAGAGAGAAGAGCUGUCUGCAGCACCAGAUCCAGGAUGGCCUGACUGUUUUAACUCGGGAGUUUUUGUUUACCGACCUUCCACUGAAACAUACCAUCAGUUGUUACAGUUUGCCACAGAGAAAGGCAGCUUUGAUGGUGCAGAUCAGGGGUUAUUAAACACCUUCUUCAGCAGCUGGGCAACAACAGACAUGAGCAAACAUCUACCAUUUAUUUAUAAUUUGAGCAGCACUUCUGUAUAUUCCUACCUUCCAGCAUUUAAAGCGUUUGGUGCAAAUACUAAAGUGGUGCAUUUCCUGGGAAGUACCAAGCCAUGGAACUAUACAUAUGACUCCAGAACAAAAAGCAUAAAAGGCAACAUGGAUGACCCUAAAAUAGUUCACCCAGAAUUCCUCAACAAGUGGUGGGAUACCUACAUAGCUGAUGUUUUACCAUUACUAGAACAGUACGGAAUUGUUAAAGAAAUUACUACAGGUGUAAACAUGCUGUCGGGCUUGGUCUAUACUCUGGCUUUCUCUUGUGGCUUCUGUAGAGAGGCAGAGGUUACAGAUGCAGUGUCCCACUUAUCAAUAUCACCAGUAUUACCAACUGAAUCUUCAGAAGAACGCAAGGAACGGUGGGAGCAGGGCCAAGCUGACUAUAUGGGAGUGGAUUCCUUUGACAACAUCAAGAAGAAACUUGAUACCUACCUUCAGUAGAAGUGCCUGUCUCAAACAGUGGUAAUGCAAGGACUUGUUCCAGAACUAACAGCUAGAAAGGUAUAUAGAUGGUGGUCAGUUACACUUGCUAGUAGCUUGAUGAAAAACUUCUUGGCUGAAGGCCUCUGCAGUGCUACAGAUGAAGACUGAGCAAAAGCUAGGAAGCAGAAUUCCUUGGGCCACCUAUUACUGCCCAAUUUCCAGUUCUCCCUACUAGAUAAAACCAGGUAUUUUCAGCUUAAAAUUUCUUCUGUUGUAAUCAAUUGGCUCAACAUAUUCUUGAAACUGGGUUUGUUACCUCACCUCAUUAAGGUGAUUAGCAUUGAUUCCUUUGCUUGCUGUUUUAGAUGUAAAAUCUAAUUAAUGGGAUUGCUCAUACACUGGAGUGAUAGCCAUUCUGCUUUACCAUAAAUGUAUUAAUGACACUGGGAUACAUACAGUUGUAACAAUAAUAGCACUGCUUUGCUCUUCCAGUCACAAUUGCACUGAAAUUUUGACCAGGUUCUUACGCACAGUGCCUACAGCAUGGCAGAAUGCGUUUUUCAGUUCUGUAUACGAUGGGACUAGUAAACUGAGUUUUAUCUGUUCCUUGCAAUGUUGCACUUGAUACAAAAAUAAAACGUUGUAAUGCA